AUGGUUCUGUAUAAAUUGCUUUCGAUUUUUUUCGGUUUCUCAUCAUUAUUACUAUUGACAACAUCAUAUGAGACAUCCAAUAGUUUGAAUAUUCUUAUGCCCGAUGUUGUUGCUAGUCAUAUUGAUGAUUAUUUAUGUGCGUCAUUUGAAAUGGAUAAAGAAAAAGCAACAUAUAUAACUGCAUUUAAUCCAGCGGCUACAUCAAAAGAUGCUCAUCAUGUUUUACUUUUUGGAUGUACAGAACCAGGAAGUAAAGAAAAUAUUUGGAACUGUGGUGAAAUGGCUAAUUCAGAUGAAUCUUCUGAAAUGAAAUAUGAAACAGGACCAACAUGUGCUUCGGGUUCGACGAUUAUCUAUGCUUGGGCAAUGGAUGCUGAAAAAACUGAAUUGCCAAAAGAUGUCGCUUUCAAAGUUGGCGGUUCAACUUCAAUAAAAUAUCUUGUAUUACAAGUUCAUUAUGCAAACAUUGAUAAGUUCAUAGCUGGUAAAACUGAUCGUUCAGGUUUAGUUCUAACAACAUCAUCUCUUCCAACACCUAAAACUGCUGGUGUCUUGCUAUUAUCAACCGAUGGGGAAAUGGCACCUCACUCACUUGAAUUAUUUGAAGUUGCUUGUAAAAUUCAACAAGAUAUUAUAAUGCAUCCGUUUGCUUUCCGAACUCAUGCACACAAAUUAGGUCUUGUUAAUUCUGGUUAUCGUGUGCGUGGUAAAAAUGAUGAUCAAGAAUGGACUGAAAUAGGUCGACGUUCACCACAAUUACCACAAAUGUUCUAUCCAAUUGAAAAGGACGUAGCUAUUCAACAGGGUGAUUAUGUUGCAGCUGCUUGUACUAUGCUCAAUACUAAUUCACAUAUUGUCAGAAUUGGUCCAACUGGUAACGAUGAAAUGUGUAACUUUUAUAUGAUGUAUUGGGUUGAUGGUGAUCAAUUAUUAAAUGAAGAUGUUUGUAGUAGUUCUGGACCUCCUCGAUAUUAUUUCGGACGUGAUCGACAUUUGAAUGUUGACAAAAUUCCUGAAGAAGCAUUUCAUAUUCCACCACCUCCUAAUGGUCCAGCACCUGGUGAAAAUUUACAAGGUGGUCAUCAUAUGAUGAUGCAGCAUAAAGAACAAUCUCAUAAACGACGAUUUCAUUAUGAAUCUAUCGAUUAG